GCUGGUCCUUCAUUCCGUCGCGAAACCUUGUCUUGGUUGCACGUCAGUUUAAUCAUUUUAUGGACGCUCGCCAAAUCUAUUUUAAUAUACUGUUAGACUUAGAAAAGAAAAUAUUGUGAAUUAAGUGAAGUGAUUGUGAAUUUUAUUGCCCGAAUCACGCAGUUACCAUGAACUCAGGCUGGCUGGCGUGGGAGUGUAUAGUUUUCGCGUUGUUCAUAUGCGGGUCAUCAUGUUUUCCCCUAUGGAGUCGGAAGAAGGAUGCUGCAGCGGCCGGGAGUGCCAAAAGAGCCUAUAUUUUCGCUGGAGGAGGGGUGUCGGUACUCUCAAUGAUGCUGUCUGUGGCGAGGGGGACAUUGGGCGUACGGUCGUUUUUAGGGUUUCCAUCUGAGCUGGUGUACUUCGGAUCGUCAAUGUGGGAGACCCUGUAUGGAAUGAUUUUGGCGUUUCCUGUGGUCUGUUUGGUGUUUAUUCCUGUUUACUUCAGACUCCAUACGAACUCUGUGUAUCAAUAUUUAGAGAUGCGUUUCGGCUCAAAAUCAGUUCGUCGUCUUGCGGCAGCUACUUUUCUACUCCGCCAAGUACUAAACCUAGCGGUUACAGUAUAUACGCCCACAGUUGCAUUACACGCAGUCCUCGGCUUGCCCCACUGGGCGUCCGCUGCUGCGUUGACUGUGGUCACUGUGGUUUUUAAUUUGUUAGGCGGUUUGGCGGCAGCUAUAAGAGCCGAUGUAAUUCAAACGUUGACGAUGGUGAUUGUAAGUGGUGCUUUCAUCAUGCAAGCUACAAUAAAAUCCGGGGGACCCGCACAAGUCCUACAAGAUAACAUUGAUGGUGGAAGAAUGAAGUUUUUCAACUUCACUUGGGACCCAACAGUCCGCGUGGACACAUUCUCCGCCAUAAUCGGUCAGCUUUUCAUGUCCGUAUCAAUAUAUGGCUGUCAACAGACCUUCGUACAAAGAUACUGUUCAAUGUCCAGCGAAGCUAAAGUCAGAAGGAUUCUCUUCUCGAAUGUUCCAGCAGUUUCUGUCCUCUUCAGCCUAUCCUGGGUGGUCGGGAUGGCCUUAUAUUCCCUAUAUAGAUACUGUGAUCCUCUUAUGAGUGGAAGAAUCAGUGCCCCAGAUGAAGUCCUGCCGUUUUAUGUGCAAGAUCAAUUUGCUUUUCUGCCAGGAAUGCUUGGUUUGUUUUUGGGGAGUAUCUUCAAUGGAGCGCUAAGUUUCCUUGUCUCGAAUAUUAACUCGCUGUCAACCGUGACAUGGGAAGACUUUGUGUCAUCAGCGCCAGCCUUCAGGGACAUCACUGACAAGCAACAAUUGACUGCCAUCAAGAUUAUUGGCAUUAUCUAUGCAAUAAUUAUAAUGAUUAUGUCGCUGUUCGUACGGUUCGUCAAUGGGGUGGUAGAAGCGAAUAUGCUGGUAACAUCGGCGACUUCUGGGGCGCUGCUGGGUGUGUUUUUGCUGGCAACCCUAUUCCCUAUGGCGAAUGGAAAGGGGGCGUUAUGUGGCAUGAUUGUCUCUCAUGUAAUGACGAUAUGGAUGGCCAUGGGGAGACUGCUUUAUGUUAAUUCUAAAGUAGAUAUGCUGCCACUGUCCGUUGAGACCUGUCCCAAUGCAACUGCCCGAGCACUGAAUCCGCGACAUAUGGCUGUCGUUGUCAAUGAGACACUGUCGCGGUACGCCCCCGUCUUCGAAGCUAUUGACAGUAGUCAUACUGCAAAAAAGGCCGUUUCUGAUAAUAUAAUGUUUGACAGCUUAAUGAAAUUCUACUCAAUAUCCUACAUGUGGUAUGCCGUAAUAGGGACCUUAGUCUGCGUACUUUGUGGAGUAAUAGUUGGCUAUCUAACGAACCAGGAAUCGGACAAAUUUGACGAGCGACUUCUCCAUCCGUUGGUGGCGAGAAUGGCCCGCAAAUUCCCGGGAAAAUCACAUACAUUCACAACGCCAGAUAGGGAGAGAACCUCAGAGGAAAAUGAAGCUUCUGAUAAAACGUGUGAUACCAUAGUUGAGGAACAAAGAACUCAGACCGGACUUGCUGGUAAUAAAAUAUAUUAUAUUGACAGUCUAGAGCCGAUGAAAACUAGGCUAUGAUAGGUAGAGGAAGUGAUGUGUGCCAAUUUUGUAUAUAAGUGUAUAUAAGUAGGGAUAUUUAAUUGUAUGAUUUGUAUGUUGAUUUUUGUAAACUUACUUUGUUUACUGAACGUUUUUGUGGGUUGACCAAUGACCAUGACCACUAUUAAAAAAGUUCCUUAAAAAUUGUGAAUUUGUUUUCUUAUGCAAAUAUUUUAUUUAGUCUAGUGUUGUAUUCACGCUAAAUCGUCCUUACUAAACCCAUAACACUAAUUUAUGAAAGUUAAUUGUCAAAGUGACAAAUGACAGUGACGUGUGCAAUUAGACACCAGUGCAAUGUAAGGUGUUUCAGGUGCGCUCUAUUGGCAUAUUUUUCAAAAUUGAGUCGACGCAAUGCGCAGGCGCAAUUACAAAUUUCGCUUAAAAUAUUUGUAUGAAAUUGGCAACAAAAUUCCUACAAGUAUAUUCGUUACCCAUAUUAUUUAAAAAUAUAUUUUUGGACUUUAUUCAGCUUGGCAGAAAUUAAAUUACGCGUUUUAAACGGCUUAUUUAUCUUCGUAUAAUCCGCAAAUAAUGGUUAACCAGUGUUUUGUAAUAAUAAAGUUUUUAAACAUCUAAACAAGAUGUACUUUUAUGGCAUAACUUAGAUAUAAAAAAGACAGUCUUAAAGACAAAAUAGUUUUUGAGUGUUAUUUAUUCCUAAUAAGAGCUGUGAAUCAUGCUAAUUAUAAUGCUAAAUCUGAUGUACAAUUAAACUAAACCAAGGCUGUUUCCACAGGAUCAUAGGUGGUUUAAAAAAAAAUCUAAGAAAAAAUGCUUUGAUAGAUUCAUUCGCGUUUUGGAAUGCGUACCUAAAUCUCUGAUUUAGUACAUAUGUAAUUCUUAAAGAAAUUUCUAACACUUCCCACAUUUAGUUUUGUAACUACGUAUUUUUAUUUACUAUUUUGGUAUAUUUACAAUAAAUUUGAAGCAACAAAUGAACUAAUUAUUAUUAAAUACAUUUUUACUCCAAUGGUGUAGCGACGAAGUGACCUUGGCUUUCGAAACUAGUUUUUGGUUUUAAAAAUAUAUAUUUUGUCCAUCAGAAGUAGCAUUAACCCAAUAAAAACUUAAAUAGGAUUAGUUAAGAAUUUGAAGUGCAAUUAUUAUGAUUUUUAAAACGUUAUAGUGAUAGUUAAUAUUAACUUGACUGUGAUUAUAUAUAAUAUUGAUGACUGAAUCAUGAAUUUAUUAUAUGUUUUACGCAUGCAUGAAAAUAUAUAUAAGAAAAAGAUAGCGAGUUUUGUUUGGAAGGUCAAGCUAUAUUCUAUAAAAAUCCAUUUUUAAUGUACAAAGUAUCAACUUUAAACACGCAUCGACGCUCAGAGUAGACUAUUAAAAUUACUAUUAGUAAAAAAUAUUGACACGCUCACAAAAUAUAAACAUAUAUAGAAGAUAUAUACAAUAUAAAGAACUCAACUCAGCUACGUAAUCUAAUUGAUUUAAGGAAGUAUUUAAAAUAUCUAGUACUUGUUUCCAUUUUCUGUGAACUAUAAUUUCCUAUGGAACCUAUUCCUAAUGCAUGACUCAAUACGGCUGUAAUGUGAAUGUGUCCAUUAUACCUUUAGUUAUCGCUGACCAAGACUGUUGUAACGUACGAAACUUCGAGUUUGUGUAAUAAAAUAUAUUUUAUAAAUGAGAAGAUAAUGUUUAAUCAUCAUAAAUCAAUCGAAUUGCACUAUUUUAACUAUCUCCAUCUCUUUUCAUCCCUAUUUGAUAGUAGGAGAGGAAAGAGUACUUUAUUUAAAAGAGUGCAAUCAGACUGAUACUAUGUAAUUUAAAUAGGGUAAAUUUAUGAAAUGAAUAUACGUAUAUGGAUGUGCUUAGUAACUAGACGUUGUUGUUUUUAUCCUAGUUUGUUCUGGGCUGUAUUAAUUAAUGUAUUAUUUAGUGAUCAUGUUGUAUGUGUUGUUGCCAUUAUGUACUUAUAUUGAUCAGUAUUAAAUGCGAAUAUUUUUAGAGAAAAAAUAAAGAUAUAUUUUAACGAA